AUGUGCCUGCGAUACUCCAAUGAGAGGCAAUCAAGCCGAACUCUGGGUGAUCCUGGCAGUGGUGGUAUCACUGAGUUGUAUGAUGUUGUUGACGCUAUUGGGUUAAUGACCAUUGAUGAUGUUGACAACCUUGAAGCCAACCUCAUCAUGGACCUCACAAGGGCCCGACACGAUGUAUUUAAUGCAGAGAAAACACUUGCUAAUUGUGUUGUCCGAGAACACGAGGUCAUGACCAAUCUUUCGAAAUAUAAGUCUGCCAUUUCUAAGUGGAAGCUUGACAAGGCAGAUGUAGGACUAGGUCAUAUGCACAUCACAUUCAAAAAACAUGGACUUUCUCACUGCUCAAUGCCACCCGAUUUCCAUGACGCUGUGAGGCUGUACGUCCUUUCAAACUCCUACAACUACCUCAAGAAACCUUGCGAGCAACCUGCAUUCACAGAGUCCAGACAAUACACCUCAGCACCACUCCGAACCGUCGCAUCGCCCAACAUUAAGGUCUCGCUGAAGACAACCUGUAUUAACUCCGCCUUUGCCCGAGAGCAUGAAGAUUCUUUUUCCUUCUUCCCUUUAAAACGUUCAGAAGCUGUUUUUGCCUUCCUCUUCAAGGGUGCAAACGGUAACUUCGCUAUCCAAGUAGGCGAAUUUCCUUGA